AUGUCGACCAUGAAGGCCAGCCAUGGCCACAAUGAGGCCUGCUGCAACAUCCCGCCUGUCGUCAGCAGUGGCUACAAGGCCAAGGGCUCCUAUGAGGAGAUUGACGGGAAGAAGACCUACGUGACUGGCUCAGCCAAGGACGCGAAGAAGGGAAUCCUCAUGAUAAUGGAUAUCUUCGGAUUCUUUGAUCAAACCGUCCAAGGUGCCGAUAUCCUCGGCUUCGGCGACGACCAUAACAAAUAUGCCGUUUUCCUGCCGGACCCUUUCGCCGGCGAACCGCUGCCCAUUGAAGUGUUCCCUCCCGACAAUGAGGAUAAACAGAAGCAGCUAGGCGCUUUCUUCGAGAAGAACAGCCCUCCCAGCUUCGCUGCCAAGGUUCCUGGUAUUGUCAAGGCAGCUCAGGAGAAGUACCCCAAUAUCGAGUCUUGGGGUAUCAUUGGCUACUGCUGGGGUGGUAAAGUCGUAUCGCUCGUGACGAGCGGUGAAGACAACCUCUUCAAGAUUGGUGCCGAGUGCCAUCCCGCCAUGGUGGAUCCAAAGGAGGCCAAGGGUAUCAAGGUCCCCCUCAUCCUGUUAGCAUCAAAAGAAGAACCCGCAGACACAGUGAAGGAGUUUGAGGACACACUGAGCGUUCCCAAGCACGUCGAGACUUUCAAGGACCAAAUUCAUGGCUGGAUGGCUGCCAGGUCCGAUCUCAAGGACCCGCGCGUACAGGAGGAAUACACACGCGGUUACAAAACCGUAUUGGACUUCUUCGCGAAGAACUGGUCGUAG